GAUGAUGCUCCCGUCGACGAAGAGCCGCUUUAUGUGAACGCAAAGCAGUAUUAUCGCAUUUUAAAGAGGCGGGUAGCGAGAGCUCGAUUGGAGGAAGUGCACAGACUGUCUCGCCAAAGAAAGCCUUACCUCCACGAGAGUCGGCAUAAACAUGCGAUGCGACGUCCACGAGGUCCUGGUGGUCGUUUCCUCACAUCGGAAGAGAUUGCGGCACAGAAAACUUCUCAGAUA